CGAUGGCAGCAGCACCACAGAUCGUGAACGAGGUUCAGCCUCCCGAGGAGCCCAUUGCCUGUCCUGCUGACCUGGACGGUGUGGCAUAUCUCUAUGGCCAUCCUUUGCUGAACUCCCUAUCACCACCCCUCCACAAGACCGUCUACAACACCUUGGGAUUAAACUGGACCCAGAUUCCUCUAUCCAGCGUUUAUGGCACAUCCGCGACUUAUCCACCACCAUACACUCGGUCACCCCAAAUCGAUAAAUACCUGGCCUCCAUAAAGUCUAACCCCAAAUUCGUCGGUUCCUCCGUCACCAUGCCAUGGAAGGUAGCCAUCAUGCCACACUUAGACGACCUCACCGAGGAUGCCAGACAAGUCGGUGCUUGCAACACCAUCUUUCUACGCGAUGAACGGGACGGCAGCCGCUCCUAUGUCGGUACAAACACCGACUGCAUCGGUAUCCGGGAAGCCCUGCUGCAGAACUCCCCGUCUCCGGAACUCUUCCAGAACAAACCCGCCCUGAUAGUCGGCGGAGGCGGCACGGCUCGCUCGGCGAUUUAUGUCUUACGCAAAUGGCUCGGCGCCAGCAAGAUCUACAUUGUGAACCGUGACCAGUCGGAAGUCGAAGCUAUUAUGCACGAAGAUAAGGAACGGAACUCUGCCUCGACAACGGCGCCACUCAUUCCUGUCACCGAUCCUGUUGUCGCUGCUACACUUGAGACGCCUGCAGCUAUUGUCUCGGGUAUCCCCAAUUAUCCGCCGGAGACCCCGGAGGAAAUCAACGCGCGACAGGUGCUCCAGGCUUUCUUGGGCGAGGCUUCAUCUUCAGGUGCAUUCAAGGGUGUAAUUUUGGAAAUGUGCUAUCAUCCCGUUCCCUGGACGGAAAUUGCUCAGCUUGCUUCGACGGCUGGCUGGAAGGUCAUCUUGGGUUCGGAGGCGUUGAUCUGGCAGGGCUUGGAACAAGCCCGUCUGUGGACUGGCAAGGAUGUAGUUGCUGUUCCUGGCCUGGUGGAGAAGGUCAAGAAGAUGGUGGCGAAGUCGUUAGCUGAGAGGGCGCCGUCCAAGCCUAACCUUUAAAUUUUUUUUUUCUCACGUAACAGUUUUCUACAUUCAUGAUCCUUGUAUAUAGUAUACCCUAGAGCACAGCACAUGUAUAG